CUCUCCCAUCGUCCCCCCACGUCUUUACCAAUUACCACAGAGAGGUCGCUCACUAUCAAUAAUGUGCCUAGGCCCCCGGCUUCGAAUUUAAUGACAGAUUUUGCUGGGAGAAACUCGAUACCUGCCCGGCAACAGAACGACCAUGGACGGCACAAACCAGAGAGGUCCCCCCACACUAGCGGGAUAGGCGGCAUCCAACGACCAUACCUCCCUCCCACCCAGGUGAGAUGGCAGAUAGAGUCUUACAUGGGAUGGGACAAGAAGGAGGUGGCGAGCGCAAGGUUAAGGAGAGUGAUGAUAUGUACGGAGUACGGAUGUGGUUAUGCUUAUCGCUCACAGAGUCCUCGCGAGCUUCGGAGCUGCGGCCUUCUCCUCUCAUUUCUUCUCCCUCUUCCGCCUCCUCCUCCGCAACAUGCAAGUGCCCGGCAGGUCUCCCACGUGCGCUGACAACGGCGCCGGGUUCGAAAAGUACCAGGUGGCUUGCGGGAUCCUUGUCUACUCUGAAUCCUCUACGGAGUAGAAGCCUGGAUCCUGUGCGGAUAGUAGAUAUCCAUGCCGUCGUCCAUAGCUUGGGUUCCAUCGCGUGGUUUAUUCAGUUGAACACCAGAAAAGUGUUGGGAGCUUCUGGGUGUGAUUCAGUCAGCAUUGGCACCUCUUGGGUACUGAGGCACCAGGUAGGGUUGGAAGAAAAGGUUCAGUAAUCCCAUCACAACGGUAAUGCUACUCUCUGCCAUGUCAGAUGGCAGCCCGUGCGUGAUUACUUCUUCCUUCCCAUCUCCUUUUCGUG